AUGGCAUUACAGGAUCAAGAUCUUUUCAUAGUUUUAUCGCAUGCUUCCAUAUUCCUCAAUCAAAACGACUUGUUAAAUUUGAGCCUAACGUCCAAAGAAAUCCAUGAUGUAAUCGCAAUCCCUUACCUUUAUAGAAAUAUCCACAUCACUAAAAAUCCUGUUUUAAGGACAAAAAAAUGGUUUUUGGAGGGGGGAAUAACUUAUAUAAGUGGUUAUAGAUCGAUAUUGAAGACUGGCGAUAAGAAUGACAUAUUUUUAUAUGAUAAAAUUGAAAGGCUAUUGGAGGCAUCACACCUGAAGUCUAUAUUACAAUUAACAGUAGAUGAGGAUUUAUUUCACAAUAGGGAGGAAGGACUGCAAUUGCUACAAAGAUUGGUAAAUAAAGUUAUUGAAUUAAAUAUGAUUGAAAUUCUUGACAUCAAAGAUUCUGUUUUAUUUGAGUUGUGUUCGGGAAACUAUUAUGGUUUAACAUGUUUAAAAAAGUGGGUAGUAGAUAGUGAAAUUGGAUUUGAUAAUAUCAGAUUAUGCAAGAAUCUUAAAAGUUUAAAAUGGAAAUUACCUGCGUCCUUAGAUUUACAGAACAUAAUGGCCCCCGAAGUGGGUACCUUGUUAAUGAAACAAUUGGAUGGAGGAGAAUUAGAAAUCAAAGAUGAAGCGUAUUCUAGCUUAAGGGCAUUUGAGUACUUUGAUUUUCUAAACCUCCGUUUCGAGAACAUACGCCGCUUAAAGUUUAAUCACGUUCACAAACAAAGCGACGGGACUAAUACUUCUGUAAAACUAUCUUCCCAUGCCUUCAAGGAUGUGGUUAAUUUAUCCAAUCUCAAAGCUCUUGAACUAGAGUUUUCUUGUGAGGUGGAUGGUUGUGAAUGUGAUGACGACUUUCUUCAAGAGUUGGCAGGUGAUCUUGUUUCCUUGGUAAGUUUAGGAUUUAUUGAGAAGACAUUCACUAAAAAAGGGUACCAUUAUAUGGACGAGAACUGGGAUUUGGUUAUUAAUAAGUUUAUUUUGAAUUUACCUGACGUGGGUAAAAAUCUGCGCUUGUUAAGCAUACGACAUGACACACCUUUAGAUGGUAAAGGAAUCGAUACCGUUGAUGGAAACUUGCUGCGCCGUAAAAAGCUUUAUGAAAAGGUUUUACCAAAGCUAACUUCAUUGGAAACAAUAGUGGCCCCAACAGUAUUGCAGUCAAUUACUUCAUACGAAAUGUAUGCAUGUGAUCUUCUGUGGAAUGGCUGCAAGUGCGCAUUUUGCUCGAGAUACCUACCAUUGUUUGAUAAGUACAUCAUGAACCAUCAAUACUUCUCGACUCCAGAGGCCCGAUAUUUGGACAUUAUACCAAUAGUCUUUGCGACAUAUACUGGCAAAUCCCUUUCUAAAAGGUUUGACCCUCAGAAGAACUGGGAUUUGAAUCUAUUACAGAAUGCUCCUGAGGAAGCGGCCUGGAAUUUUCAUGGUUUUGAAAAGAUUCAUCACUUUGCAAGCUAUGAAUGUUACUUUGACGAAUCCUCCUUUGAGCCCUUAGCAAUUAUCAUUUCGCAUUUCUUUGAUCCUUACAUGAAUUACCUGGUCAAAACAUUGCCAAACCUUCGCCAAGCUAUGUUGUCCGGCAUCUACUUCAGCGUAAAUUCAAAAUCACACAUUUAUGAAUCUAUUUACGACUGA